CCAAAACCUUCUUCCUCCCUUAUAUAUGAUAUGAUCAUCUCUGUGUAACACAUGCAAUAACAAGUACAACCCUUUCUGCAUCCAACAGCUUUUGAUCUUACAAAAAAAUGGCCUACCAGCAGUUAAAACCCGUUGCCGGACUGCUUUUGGCUCUCAAUUUCUGCAUGUAUGUCAUCGUUUUGGGCAUUGGAGGCUGGGCAAUGAACCGAGCAAUCGACCACGGUUUUGUUAUUGGUCCUAGUUUUGAUCUCCCGGCACAUUUUUCGCCAAUAUAUUUCCCCAUGGGGAACGCUGCUACAGGGUUCUUUGUGACAUUCGCUCUGCUCGCUGGAGUUGUUGGCGUAGCUUCAGCUAUUUCCGGUAUCAACCAUCUCCGAUCUUGGACCUAUGAGAGCUUGCCGUCUGCAGCCACAGCUGCCACCAUUGCCUGGACUCUCACCGUACUUGCCAUGGGCUUCGGUUGCAAGGAGAUCGAGCUUCGGAUCAGAAAUUCCCGAUUGAGAACAAUGGAGGCCUUCUUGAUCAUCCUUUCGGCGACGCAGCUUCUGUAUUUAGCAGUCAUUCAUACCGUUGUAUCGAGGAGAUGAACUUAAGAGAGUUGCGCGACUUUUGUGUUUGUGUGCUGCGUCUGAAUUUGUUAAUUUAUUUAUUUUUCAUACCUUUUUCUUCACACUUUGAAUAAAUCUGGUCAUGGUUAUGGUGUCUGUCAACAGUGUGAUAUAAUUGGAUUGGAUUGGAUUGAA